GCGCGGCGCGGCGGCAUUCCGCUGGGCCCGGGACGCGCCGGCGGCGGCGAGACCCCGGGGCUGCGGCGCCGCCCGCCCCGCCCGCGCGCAGAGUCCCGCCGCCGCGCGUCGCCGCACACGCCGCGGCCAUGGGCUCCUGAGACCAGAUCUUCGCUUCCUCCAAGGGAUUCUCUCAGGGAGUCCCCGGCUGCUGGCCACCAUGACAGUGAGGGGGGCCGCGCUGGCCCCAGGUCCGGCGUUACCCACCAUCGCGGCAGCCUCCCCCAGCGUCUCCGAGAUCCCCGAGGGCAGCCCCACGGCCAUGGAGCAGCCUGUGUUCCUGAUGACCACCGCCGCGCAGGCCAUCUCUGGCUUCUUUGUUUGGACAGCCCUGCUUAUCACCUGCCACCAGAUCUAUAUGCACCUGCGCUGCUACAGCUGCCCCAACGAGCAGCGCUACAUCGUCCGCAUCCUGUUCAUCGUGCCCAUCUACGCCUUCGACUCCUGGCUCAGCCUGCUCUUCUUCACCAACGACCAGUACUAUGUGUACUUCGGCACCGUGCGCGACUGCUAUGAGGCCUUGGUCAUCUAUAAUUUCCUGAGCCUCUGCUAUGAAUACCUCGGGGGAGAGAGUUCCAUCAUGUCAGAGAUCAGAGGGAAGCCCAUUGAGUCCAGCUGUGUGUACGGCACGUGCUGCCUCUGGGGGAAGACUUACUCCAUUGGAUUCCUGCGGUUCUGCAAACAGGCCACCCUGCAGUUCUGCGUGGUGAAGCCACUCAUGGCCGUCAGCACCGUGGUCCUCCAGGCCUUUGGCAAGUACCGGGACGGUGACUUUGACGUCACCAGCGGCUACCUCUACGUGACCAUCAUCUACAACAUCUCCGUCAGCCUGGCUCUCUAUGCACUCUUCCUCUUCUACUUUGCCACCCGGGAGCUGCUCAGCGCCUACAGCCCCGUCCUCAAGUUCUUCAUGGUCAAGUCCGUCAUCUUCCUCUCCUUCUGGCAAGGCAUGCUGCUGGCCAUCCUGGAGAAGUGUGGGGCCAUCCCCAAGAUCCACUCAGCCCGCGUGUCAGUGGGCGAGGGCACGGUGGCUGCCGGCUACCAGGACUUCAUCAUCUGUGUGGAGAUGUUCUUCGCCGCCCUGGCCCUGCGGCACGCCUUCACCUACAAGGUCUAUGCCGACAAGAGGCUGGACGCCCAAGGCCACUGCGCCCCCAUGAAGAGCAUCUCCAGCAGCCUCAAGGAGACCAUGAACCCGCACGACAUCGUGCAGGACGCCAUCCACAACUUCUCGCCCGCCUACCAGCAGUACACCCAGCAGUCCACCCUGGAGCCCGGGCCCGCCCGGCGCGGCGGCGCCCACGGCCUCUCGCGCUCCCACAGCCUCGGCGGCGCCCGCGACAACGAGAAGACUCUCCUGCUCAGCUCCGACGACGAGUUCUAGGUGCGGCGGCUGGUGGGGAAGUCUCGGUGCCGCAGCCCAGGGCAGGGUGUGCCCCCCCACAGCCUUGCCAGGACUCAGGCUGGCCCAGCUUUGGCAUCGUCCUUUAAUUUAUUGGACCAGAAACACAUAUCGCUUCCAGAGCAGCAGCCAGACGCUGUCUGCCCAGGGGACAGCCCGGCUCACCCAGGAACCGUCAGGGAUAUUUAUACGUGGCCAAGACUGGCGCGGGAGACCCUGGGAGCCAUGUCCGCGCCCCUGCGGCUCGUCGGGACCAGCCGCGCCCAGGCCCAGUGUUGUGAUCCAGGCUGGCUGCGGUCUUCUGCCCCAGACUCCUCGAGCCCCACCCCAAACACCGUGCAAUACUUGGACCUGGGCUCUUCCCGCCUGCUCCGCCUCCCAAACUGCCCCCCCCUGCCCCACCCGGGCAGGCCCGCCCGGCGUGCUGCAGGGAUCAGGGCCAGACACCCUGAGCCACGGUCCCCCCCGGAGAAGGUGCUCAGGUGCCUCUCUGAGCAGCAGGGUGGGGGGGUCUCUGCGCCCUGGAGGGGUCUUUGGGGAUGCAUCUUCCACCUGCCACAUGCCCCUUCCUCCUGGUCUGCUGACGACAGCCAGCAGCCCACACUGCCCUCUGACUCGGGGUCUGUCUUCUUCAAGCAUUUUGGGCCUAGCCCUUGCUUCCUGGCUGCUCACAGGGUCAGGGGCUGCCCACCCUUUUCCCAGCCCACAGUGCUGAGGGAAGGGCCGCGGGGUGGGGCUGCCGCUGGCCGCCUGGAGUGGGAGGGGUGUUCUCAGACUUCUCUCCCGGGCCCCCUCGCCGCACAGGGCCUGGUGUCCUGCCUUGUCCAGCCCUGGCCCGUCUCCUCUGUGCCUUAGUCACGUGAAUGCUCCCUUCCCUGGGCCCUCACUCCCUAUUAAGCUGCUGGCACUCAGAGGAGCUUGCAGUGCCUGGUCCAGCGCCCUCGGACAGCCUCUGGUGGCCAGGACCACCGGCCCCCCGCGCUGCCCCCACACCCGCACGCCCGGAGCCCUCGGGCUGGCCUGGCACUGGUUGCCCUGUCUUAGGUGGCACCGGGCAACCAGCCACGUGUUUAUAGGCAGGCAGAGUGUCCUGUCGCUGGAAACCCAGAGAACCACUUGGGUUUGGGCUGCAACAGCCUGGAAGAGGGGGUGAGGCAUCGGAACUUCACCUGAAAUCAUCCUUUCGGACAUUCCUGGAUGAACAGACCCCUCCCUGGGGGCCGUGCGGGGGUCAGGGUGGGGGCGUCCAUCUCCGCAGCCUUUCUGGCCUCCCAGUGGUCAGGUUGGGCCUGGGGCACCGAGGCCAGCCAGACCAGCUGCAGGAUGGACCCGGCCUGAGGAGGGCCUCUGUCUCCUCCCGGUGUGCUUUCGCCAGGCUGUUUCUGAUUCUCUUCCAGGCCAAAGUCUGCUCCGCUCCCUGCCCCCUUAGGCUUUGCCUGGGUUCCCACCGUUGAGGGGGAGAGGGGGGGCUCAGGGCAGGGAGCUGGCGGCCCCUGGGCAGAUGGGGGCUGGGAUGUCAAGCCGUCACCCCCUCCCUAGGAUGCAUAACCUACCUUGUCUUUUUGUUUUUUAAUCUCCCCCCCCAGGGUAGCUCUUUGUACAUAAAAAGUACUUGAAAACUGGGUUGUAUGGUGUGUGAGAAGCCAGAGCCCCUAGUUUUGUAUCUCGUGUGUGACUGCCUCGCGUCCCACCAGAAAGCCGCUCUAUUUUGGUCUCUGUGACAUUUUAAAUGCGUGACAGAGUGAGCAAAUAAGUGAGAAAGAAAAAUAAAUAUAUAUAUAUAUGAGACAAUAUAGA